UUGAACAUUUGACGUGUUCGCAAAGCCGAGCAGAAGGAACAGCCGGUUGUUUAACAUUACGUAGAAGAAUUCAGUAGGAUAUAUUGAAAACGGUGUUAAUACUUCUAUCGUUUGAAUCUCGUCGACAGCAUCAAAAUGUCCUCGGUUUUACGGCUACUCGGUGUUUCGGAUGAAAUCAAACGGAUGAGCUUCCGUCAAAUAUCGUUCCAAGUGUUAAACUUUGCUAUGAUCGUUUCAUCUGCGUUGAUGAUCUGGAAAGGUUUAAUGGUUCUUACGGGAAGUGGGUCACCAAUCGUCGUUGUUCUUUCAGGUUCAAUGGAACCCGCGUUCCAUCGGGGAGAUCUUUUAUUUUUAACAAAUUACGAAUCAGAUCCAAUACAGAUUGGAGACAUCGUUGUGUUCAAGAUUGAGGGUAGGGACAUCCCUAUUGUACAUCGCGUGAUCAAAUUACAUCAAAGAGAAGACGGGAAAAUGAAAAUACUAACAAAAGGCGACAACAAUUCAGUGAAUGAUCGAGGCUUGUACGCGCCCGGACAAUUUUGGCUCGAUCGAAAGGAUAUUGUUGGCAGAGCGAGAGGUUUCGUGCCGUACGUUGGAUGGCUUACAAUUUGUAUGAACGACUUCCCCAAGCUAAAAUACGCCGUACUCGCUACACUUGGAUUGUUCGUAGUCCUUCGAAGAGAGUGACCUUUGUUUUUGUAGGUCACGCAGCAUAAUCAACAAAAGCAACAUAAAUUCCAUAACAACCAUUUUUAAGAAACGUUGCUGAAGAUGACAAGGACUCGAUGGCAGAUCUGGUGGUCAUGAAGCGGACUCAAAAGUGCAGUCGAGCUACAUUUAUUAAUUUAUAAUUUUUCUUAUAAUAGUAAUUAUGGUACGCGAGUCGCUGAACCCGCGGCGUCAUACAUCAAAUGUGCGUGACGAUACAGAGUGCGGCACAUGACGAGAGUCUGUAUGGUGUGCAUGCAUGUGUGCAAACAGUGUGUAUUAAAUACUGUAACUUCCAUUUGAAGGAUAACGCGCUCAACGCAGUAAUUGAUUGAUGAAAACUAGGCUUCGUAUAAACGUCGGUAUAAUACGACGAAAUUGGCUGACUAGCGCACAGAUUCGAUGGUGGAGACAAACGUAUUUUAGCCAAAAUGAAAAUAAAAAUAACGAUAGCGGCUUUGUGAUCAAACUAUGUUUGGUUUGAAACUUAUUAUCGGGAAAUCGAUGUCGAAGAAACGUUGCGAGUGGAGCUGAACUGUGUUUUGUCUGGUAGCUGAAAGAGGAGGUAGUUUUUAGAACGGAAACUGUCUGAAAGAAUAAUAAUGCAUGAAAACGUUCAGCGGACGACAAAUGAAUAUUUACGAACGGAUGCAGGAGGAUGUUCGUACAUGGAGGAAAGUGAGUUUAAAAAAGGGGUAGGGGCUAAUAAAGGAUGUGACUGAAGCGGGCUAUAACGAUUGGUGCCUAUUGUUGGUUGUACAGCUAUUGGGAUUAACUUGACGGAGUUUAGGUCUCGUUAGACGAAUGGUAACAACAUGCCGCUUUCGCUGGCGGGACGAGAAAAUGACGAGACCCUAUUUCCUGUUGAGUAUACGAAACCAGAAAUGAUAGGUAUAAGUGAUUACGAUGAACAUCAAGAGCAACACAAUAACGAUAAAGACAUGAAAAUACAUGAUAGUUAGAGAAAAAAAUGGAGUGGUAUAAAACGCAUAUGAAGGUUUCAUGUCCGUUCUCCUUUAUACGAACCCUUUAUUAGAACCUACUGAUAAUGCCUACAUAGGGAUGAGUGGAAACUGCUACUGAAAUUAAAAAAAAAACAAGAGGACUACCUAUAACUAUUCACAGAGCUAUGAUUAUUGUUGUUCCAAUGCAUCAAAAAGAUGUAAUUAAAUAAAAUGCUAAUG